AUGGAUAGCGAGGGAAAUUGGGGUACCGAGGAACAAAAGUAUUCCAAGCUUGAAUUGUGUCGGGAGCAUGAGCUCGAUCCUCGGGAUCUGAGGAAGCUUGAUUCCCUCACACCAAAUCUAGUACCAGUCAUUCUGACUAGAAAAACUUGUAUCCUGAUAUCAAUGCUCCAUCUGAGGGCAUUGAUCAAGCCCGACAAGGUGAUUGUCUUUGACUCGGCCGGCGCACAGGCCAGUGGGGUGCAAAAGAGAUUCAAGGAGCAUCUGCAAAGGAAUAUCAAACUGGGGCUAGAAAUGAAAGAAAGCGGGGAAGAAGAGGUGAUCUUGAGUUAUGAGCAUCGUGCUCUGGAGUCUUUCUUCAUCGCCACUGCGAGUGCUCUAGAGGAAGAAAUGGCCUUCACUCGUCAUAUCGUCAAACAUUUGCUCAACGAUCUGGAAAACCACAUUGACAGAGAAAACCUCAAAAAGCUCCUGCAUUAUUCGAAGAAGAUAUCCGCGUUUCAAAGCAGAGCGCGAUAUGUGAAGAGCUCAGUGGACGAGCUUUUGGACUCUGACGAGGAUCUGUCAGCGAUGUACCUCACCUCUCGGGCGCAAGGACGUCCUCGGGCCCUACACGAUCACGAGCAACUAGAGCUGUUACUUGAGAGUUUCGUCAAGCAGGUGGAGGAAAUUGUCAGUGAAGUUGACACCACUGUUGCCAAUAUGGUGUCUACACAAGAAAUCGCCGAGCUCAUGCUCGAUUCUGGUCGAAACGCACUACUCGCACUCGACAUCAAAAUAUCGAUCGCCACCCUUGGUAUCGGUACUGGCGCUCUCUUUGCUGGUCUAUUCGGGAUGAACUUGACAACUCAUCUCGAAGAUCACCCAUAUGCCUUCCUCACAGCCUCUGGCCUCGCUUUCGCCCUGUCCAUCCUCAUCAUUGCUUAUGGCCUUCGCAUCCUCCGGCGUGUGCGUCGCGUCGCUCUUUCAGGCAGAAAUCCCACUGUCCUCUCCUCUGUCCUCGGUAGCGCCUCAUGGGACUCUAGUAUCGCACAGUUCUCACGAGGGUUCGACCCCUCAUUGGUUGAUAUGCGGACAGAACUAGCGAAGCGUGCGAUCUGGGACAGAAUCUGGUGGCGGAGAGGGAAUGAGCCGAAGGACAAGUAUACACAGAUAUACAGAAGUCGAGCGGGACCUAGGCAACAAGGGUCGGCAAAGUGGGCGGAAAGUCUGACGAUGGACCAGGCAAAGCAGAAGCAGGAGCACAAAUGGGCGAAUUGGCGCAAGGCGUCCAGGACGGAGUGGUCAUAG